GCGCGCGGCGCCGGCAGUUCGACUGCUUCCUCCUGGCGGGUCGGGCGCGGCCAUGGAGGGCGAGCCGCCCCCAGUGGAGGAGCGACGGCGGCUACAGCAGGAGCUUAGCGAGUUCGUGGAGAGCUGCUGCCGGAGGCUGGAGGAGGUGACGGGGUCCCUGGGCUGGAGCCUGGAUCGGCUGGAUCCCGGGGAAGAGGCGGCAGAGGAUGAAGUUGUGAUAUGUCCCUAUGAUUCCAAUCAUCACAUGCCUAAAUCAUCUUUAGCAAAGCACAUGGUGUCUUGUAGAUUGAGGAAACUGGGCUAUACCAAAGAAGAAGAGGAUCAAAUGUAUAAUUCUGAUUUUUUCUAUGAGAAUGUGAAGAUACCUUCAAUUACUUUGAAUAAGGACUCACAAUUCCAGAUAAUUAAACAAGCUAGAACUGCAGUUGGAAAAGAUGGUGAUGGUUAUAAUCAAAGGAUUUAUUCUUCGUUACCUGUUGAAGUUCCUCUGAAUCACAAACGGUGUGUUUGUGAUCUGACCCAAGCUGAUCGUCUUGCCCUCUAUGAUUUUGUAGUGGAGGAGACGAAGAAAAAGCGCUCUGAUUCACAGAUUAUUGAAAAUGACAGUGAUCUCUUUGUAGACUUGGCUGCCAAAGUCAAUCAAGAUAAUAGUCGAAAAAGUCCAAAAUCUUACCUUGAAAUCCUGGCAGAAGUGAGAGAUUAUAAAAGAAGACGCCAGUCCUAUAGAGCUAAGAAUGUUCACAUAACCAAGAAAUCAUAUACGGAGGUGAUACGGGAUGUCAUAAAUGUGCACAUGGAAGAACUCAGUAGUCAUUGGCAAGAAGAGCAAAGAGCAGAGGAUGAUGCUGAAAAGAAUGAAGAAAGACGAUCAGCUUCAGUAGAUUCCCGGCAGUCUGGUGGAAGUUAUCUGGAUGCUGAGUAUUCACGACAUAGAAAGGAUCGGAGUAGGAGCCCACAUAAACGGAAAAGAAAUAAAGAUAAGGAUAAAAACUGGGACUCUAGAAGAAGGAAGGACAGGGAUGGGGAAAGACAUCAUAGUCAUAAAAGGAGAAAGCAAAAAAUAUAAUGAGUAUAUGUACCAGAAUUGGGAGGGUACAGAGAAGAUGAGCAUGGCUUCUGCACAAGGAUGAGAAGUAAAAUGUAACCAGAGUUCUUUACAGAUUUUUAAGUAUAAUACCAGCUACUAAAAAAAAAAAAAAAAAAAAUACCAGCUACUGCAAACUAUCCAAUAAAAUAGACAUAGAUGGAAAGAGGCUUUGUUUGACCCUUGCACAUAUUAAUUUUCCAUGCUUAUCUGUUUGUGUUUUAGACUCAUUCACUGGAUUAUGAGCUCUUUGAGAGAAGGUUUUAUAUCUUUAUCAAUAUAACCCCCAUGCCUAGCAAUUUAUCAUUUUUAAAUUUUGGCAGAAGGAUUUGCAAGCCCCCGUCAUUUAACAUCUAAUUUUUGAUUCACAAAAUACUGAUCUUUAUCAGUACUAUAACUGCUAUCCAUCUUAUCCAUAUUAAAUCCUACCUUAGGUGGCACCUUCAUGCCUACAUUUAUGAUCUACUGGCCAUAAACAAUUUUCUCUGCUGAACUCUUAAAAGCACUAAGGAUAGUUAACAUUCAUUGAGCACUUACUAUGUAGCAGACCGAACUUUUUAAAAAUAUACAUAUAGAAAGUAUACAUAGCAACAUUUACCAUUAGCUGUUUUUAAGUACAUAGUUCAGUGGCAUUAGUAAUCACAUUGUUGUACAACCAUCACCACUAUACGUCUCCAGAAUGUUUUCAUCAUCCCAAACUGAAUCUGUCUCUACCCAUUAAACAGCAGCUCUCCAUUUACCCCUUCCCUCAGCCCUUGGUAAUCACCACUCCACUUUCUGUCUCUAUGAAUUUGACUAUUCUAGGGACCUCAUAGAAGUGGAAUCAGAAUUGUGUGUGUGUGUGUGUGUGUGUGUGUGUGUGUGGCUUAUUUUACUUAGUGUUUUCAAGGUUCAUCCAUCUUGUAGCAUGUAUCAGAAAUUCAUUUCUUUUAAGGCUGAAUAAUACUCCAUUGUGUAUAUAUUCCAUAUCUGUUCGUCCAUUCAUCUGUCGGUGGGCAU